AAGAAGAAGCGCAGGAGGAAGGAAAGUUAUGCUAUUUACAUUUAUAAAGUAUUGAAGCAAGUUCAUCCUGAUACUGGUAUUUCAUCCAAGGCUAUGAGCAUCAUGAACAGCUUUGUGAAUGAUAUAUUCGAACGCAUUGCUGCUGAAGCUUCACGUUUGGCCCACUAUAACAAACGAUCCACAAUUACUAGUCGGGAAAUUCAAACUGCAGUUCGCCUUUUACUUCCUGGUGAAUUGGCUAAGCACGCAGUUAGUGAAGGUACUAAAGCUGUCACUAAGUAUACCAGUUCCAAGUAA